AUGAAGACUUCCUGCGUCAUCUUUAUCGCUGCUUUCUUGCAGUCUGCGACUGCUCUGCCGUCCGAAGGGGCUGCCAAACUGGAAGCCCGAGCUAAGCCAAAGCUCAACCAAUACGCCAGUGUUGAAGAUUGCCAAGCUGACAAAAACAUCUUGUAUCACGCCGCGCCCGUCACAGGUCGAUGCUACGAUCUGGACGACAAGACUGGCGCCUUCUUCUCUAACGCUGGAGGUCGAUGGUUCCCGACGGUGUACACGGAGAAGGGUUGUGGCGGAGAGAGUUAUGUUCUUACAACCAUGGGAGAAUGCCCCAAGGCAGACCAUUGCAUGAAAGAUGCUACUUGCAUCAGCUCGAGCUACUACAGGAACUGGAAGUCUUACAAGGCGGCGUAA